CUGUCCGGCUGUCUGCUAUGUCGUCGCUGUGCAUCCACUGGCUGGCACGUAGCGAGUUAUAUAGUUACAUUCCCCUCCGGGCUGUGCGAUAGCCAGCUAGCAAGGGAGAGAGGAGGGAGCAGCAGCUCCGUCGCUCUGAUUCCUUCUGCGUCGUCUGCUGCUCGUCCUGUUCGUCCUGCUGGCGGCCAUCCAGCCCAGCCUGCUCUGCAUGCAAAUGCAAGGCGCAGAAAUGCGAUUCCUCGGCGGGAGGGGAGAGAGGCGCCACCCAGAGAAGACGAAGCCGGGCAGGCAGGCCGCAUGUGAGACCUCGUCGUCGGCUGCAUACAUCUAUAUUAUUAUGCAUACCUGCUAGUAGUGUCAUCGUCGCCGCCGCCGCCGCCGUCGUUGAAGGAACGAGCUACCUCGUAGUUAUCUUGAAGGACAACCUCUCUUAAACACACCCAAGCGGCGGGCGACAUGGAUUCCAGUCUGUCGAGCUGAUCACGCCGGCCUUUUCUCUCCGCCGCUUCGCUUCCUCCACCCUCUCUAGACUGUCUCCUCCUCUGUCUCCUCCUGUGACACCUGCCAGAGCCCGCCAGCCUGUCGAAGAGGCGGUCUUCUCUCUCUCUCUCUCUCUCUCUCUCGUUGCUGUUGCACCGGGGCUUUCGUUGCCGGCGCCUCGCUGCGAUUAUCUCACUACCUGGAGCAACGAGUUAUUUAGCCCCCGAGCGCCCACGGCCACAACGACGGCCCCAACGACACACGCCCAACCACACCAUAUAUCGCUGCUGAAGACGACUUGAACAUGCUUGUUUCAUACCAUAGACAUCCCUUAUAGCCACUGGACCCGGCUGAGUGAUCGCACUGCCGCUGUCCGGGGCGCUGCCAUCGCUCGGGAGACCGCUAGACAGACAGUUGCCGCCCAGAGGCCAGCCGGCAACGCUCAGCCAGACGGCCGCAGUCGACGAGAACGAGCCCUCCCUCUCCGCGCCCCCAAUGGCCGAACCCGUCGAGCCUCUCGUCUCCGGCCAGAUGAUGACAAGGCUCAGGAAGGCGGCCACUGUAGGAGUCGUGGCAAGACCACAGGAACCAGCCGCCUUUCCACAGUUUGCCUGCGACCACGAUGACGUCGACGCCCCGGGCGGCGCUGCUGUCUCUUCUGCUACCUCGUCCUGCUCGCAUGGCGGUGCUGUCUUAGCUGCUUCAUCCUCCACACGCCUCGACUCGUCGCUGCCUCAACGCCCUCAAUACAAGACCCAUGCACACGGAUACGGUGUUCGCAAGCUCUCUCGCUGCUCAGACUCGUCCUCUCAGACCAUGUCGUCCCUCGGCAGGAUAGGUAUCCCCCACCGGAAACGAUCCGGCACCGGCAUAGAUUUGUCCGUCUCCCUCAGCGAGAACAACGGCCUUGGAAUAUACAACAGCCUGGGCGGCAAGGACCGCGGUGCCGACGACUGGUCUACAACUGGCUCCCUCGGCGGCGCCCGUCAUUACCGUUCGGCCAGCGGUGCGUCCCAGCUCUCGUUCGGAAGUCUUCCUCGCCCCGGUGGCCAGUAUGUCCAUCCCAUGCGCCAGACUCCCCGUCCUUACACGCCACCGCUGGGACUAUCAAAUCAGAUCUCUGCUACUGCCAGCACCGACUCGCACCUCGAGGGCAUACAGCGUGUGACAGACUUUGAUGACCCUGUUCCCACCAGCCAGGACCUCUUCCCUGGCUCUCCUUCUCCCAGCAUCUACAACGAACCUCGGAGUUCUAUCCAAAUAGAAAGUGAGACUACUACUACUCACCCGCCUACAAAGGCCCGCUCUACUUCCUUCGGUCGUGUCUUCAACAAUAACCAUAACAGCAGCAUCAUCAACAACAGCCCUUCUCCCCGGGACACGGCCCCGCUCUCCCGGAACUCAUUAGAAUUCGGAUUGCGGUCGAGAUCCCGCCGUCCUAGCACUGCAGAUCCCGCCGCUCGCGCCAUAGCCGUGCAGGCAGCUCGACAGGCCUUCGAAGACAGGGAGGCCGCCAAAAAUAGGAAACGUGAUGAACAGACUUCCAAAGCCCUCGAUAAGGAGCAGCGUCGUCUCCGUCGGCUGGAGCGUGAAAACUCAUAUAACAGCUACACGGGUGGAAGGCGGUCCAUCUCCGACUUUACCUUGCGCCGGUCUUCAAAGUUGAGUGAGAAAGACAGCCGCAGAAAGAACUCGGCUUCUUCUUAUGCCGACGAUACCACUAAGAUCACAUGGAAACCAAAGAGCCCAAAGAGCGCCUGGGUUCUCUUCCUCACCUGGCUACGCACUAAGAUAUUUAAGAUAGGAAAGAAGCUGAAGAAAGUAGGCUAACUAGAGCAUUUUCACAAAUGCAAACGCCGCAACGCAUCGAGACGACCUUUUUAGUAAUUAUUUGGUUUUUACUUUUCAUGAGAUGACUUUGAGAGCUGGGUCUGCCGGACGGGCUUGGUCUAAGGAAACGAUAUUGUUUUUAGGCACAUUUUGCUGUUUCAGUCUCGUUUUUUGCCCUUAUUCUCUACUGUCUGUUUCUUGCUGCCUUGUUCCGUGGCCUUCUCCCAUGCUAAGUGAGUCAGUAGCAACCAGCGCUCAACAUACACAGCUCCAUCCCAACCAGUGCCUGGAGAUGGUGUCCGCUUUCCCAUUGCUUUUUUUUUUUUUCAUUUUGCUUUUACUUCUUGGUAUCUCCCAUGAGAGUGGUGAGAUCUAGUAGCAUUCGAACCCUGAUU